AUGUUUGCUGUCUUACUCGCCGUAUUUGUGGUAUUCACUACUGUUUUACUGGAGUAUCUUUUCUCCUUCGUGCGAAUUCUUUUAAAAAAACCAUUAUCACCAACUGGUGCAGUCGAAAUCGACCUCACUGAACAUAUCUAUGCACAUCCGGACUGUACGCAACAUCUGCAAGACACAACAGCAUUUGGUGUAGACACAUUAUACGGUGCACUACAACAUGGAAUACAACUAGCCGCGAAGAAACCCUUGUUCUCGUAUCGAGAAGCAUCUAAUCAAUCAUUUAAAUCUUAUACACAUACAGAAGUAUUUGAAAUUAUCAAAGAAAUCGGUAGUGGUGUAGUUCACUUUGGUCUUAAACCAGAAAAUGAUACCUUUUUCGGUAUUUAUGGAUCAUGUACGAUGAACUAUGCAUUGUGUCUUUAUUCGGCAUGGCCGUAUUCGAUGGUGCCGGUUGGCAUUUAUGAUUCACUUGGUCGAGAUGGUGUGCGGUUCAUUAUAAAACAAACUGAAGUCGAAUUGAUUUUUGCCGAUGAUCUGCAACGUGUGAGGAACUUGAUUGAAUGGAAAGAUGAAAUAUCGACAUUGAAAACAAUCGUGUGUUUCCUUGAACCAACAAAAGAAUUAAUAAAACAAGCAACAGAAAAAAAUUUGAAUUUAAUAACACUUGCAUAUCUCAGAGAACUAGGUCGAAAGAAUCCGGCACCAGUGGUCGUACCUAAGCCAAGCGAUACAGCUGUGAUUAUGUAUACAAGCGGAAGUACAGGAGAACCCAAAGGGUGUAUUAUAACACACGAAGCUUUUAUCAAUGCUUUGUAUGGACUUGUGAAUUCUAUUGGUCUUCUCGACCCCGAUAAGAAAAAAGAGACUCCACGUGUUAUUAAUUAUCUGCCAUUAGCACACAUGUUUGGCUGCGGAACAAUUGUAGCUAUCACAUAUUUAGGAGGAGAGGUUGGAUUUUGGCAAGGUAAAGUCGAUAAAUUAAUUGAUGAUUUUCGCGAUUUCAAACCAACUAUAAUUACGAUGGUGCCACGUCUAUUAAAUAAACUUUAUGAUAGAGUUCGAUCUGAAUCGCGAAAAAAAGGACUUAUUGGACGUAUUCUCUUUCGAUUAGCCAUUCGCACUAAACUCGAGUUUAUUCGUCGAGGAGAUUUUUCACAAAAUACUAUCUGGGAUAAAUUAAUUUUUCACAAAGUUCGUCAAUCUUUCGGUGGUAAAAUGACAUGUGUCGUUUCCACUAGCGCUCCGCUUUCCGCCGAAGUUUGCGCAUUUUCUCGUGCUGCAUUUUCAUGUAUGUUUGUUGAAUGUUAUGGCCAAACAGAAUGUGUUAUCGGCUGUUCGCAAACGCCAAAUCACAUUAAACCUGGCGAAACAGGUAUUCCUACAACAAUGAACUACAUCAAACUGGUUGACGUGCCCGAGAAAGAGUACUAUGCCAAAGACGGCAUUGGCGAAAUUUGUAUUAGCAGCCCAGCUCUAUUCAAAGGUUAUCUGAAAGAUGAGGCUAAGACUCGUGAAGCCAUUGACGAACAAGGUUGGCUACACACAGGCGAUAUCGGACGAUGGACACCACACAAAACCAUGAAGAUCGUCGAUCGAAAGAAAAACAUGUACAAACUCAGCCAAGGCGAAUACGUUGCACCCGAGAAAAUUGAAGAUGCUUAUGCUCGAAGUCGCUUUAUUUCACAGAUCCUUGUGUACGGCGAUUCGUUGGAAAGCUUUCUCGUUGCCAUCGUUGUUCUCGAUGAUGACUAUGUGAAAAAGUGGGCAACAACCGAAGGUCAUCACGUGCAGACAUCCGAACCGGACGAGAAACUGAAGCAGAUCGUUCUGGAUGACAUGACCCGAGAAGGGAAGAAGCGAGGACUGAUGUCAUACGAACAAGUGAAAAACAUCGAGUUUAUCAAAGAGCCGUUCACUAUCGAGAAUGGUCUUUUGACACCGACGUUCAAAGCGCGACGAUAUGCAGUGGAAAAGAAGUACAAAGAUGUCUUUGUGAACAUGUACAAGAGUGCGAACAAUGCUUGA